CAGAAACUCGCAGACGCUCGUGGCAAACGGUUGUUGGUUGCUCCCAAGACUUGGGCCCCAAAAAGAAAGCACAAUAUCAAGUGCCAGUGGCUAAGGGGACAUUCAGUUGGCCAAAAAAAGGCAAUGGGAAAAGUAGAACCAGAAGAAAAAAAAAAUAUAAAAGGGGGCACCGCCGUUAACGCACACGCAACCAAAGUCAUAAAGGGGCUAAACAUAUAAAUUUGUGUAGUAAAAGUGAAGAAAGCGAAAGAAUCAAAGUGGAAUAAUAGCGAGCGGAUGUGUUGGCCAGAAGCCAUACUAGCUGGAAACGUUUUUUGUUACUCGUCCGUGUUUUGAGUGUAUAUUUGUCUGUGUGUAUGUGUCUCUUGCUGUUUCUGUUGCUGUUGCUUUUGCUGCUACUUGCUUCCUUUUGCUGUUGCCAAUGAAAAUGCAAAUUGUUGGUAACAAAUAUUGGUAAAAUGCGGAGGCCGUAGGAAUUUGUGCAAUGCGAGUGUGCGAAGCGGAGGAGAGCCUGAAAGUAUGCAGCGGAAAUUCACAAUCCCCCGAAUCGCGAACCAAAUCAAUAAUAAUACAAUAACCGAGCAACAUAACAUAGAUAAUGGCAGCAUAAACCAUUUAACGGCCCAAAGUGUUUAACCUGGAAUCCCUGAUCCCGGAACCUUUUUGUUCUUAUUGUUGUUGUGUAAUGUUCUAAAAAGGAAACAGGAAACCCCAGAUCGCACCGAAGGCAAGGAUACCAGAGCCGUAUUCAGGAUGUCACAGCCGCGCGGUGGGCGUGGUGGCCGUGGCGGUGCGGGGGGCGCCGGCGUUGGACGCAAGACUCCCUCCUCGCUGACCGGUCCGCCAGAUGAUUCGGCCACGCCCAGCGAAAGGGCAACUCCGGCCAGUAAAGCCGACUCGGAUCCCAAGGACGACAGCUCGAGUAAUGGCGACAAGAAGGACAUGGACCUCUAUCCCGCCCCGAAGCCACCCAGUGCCGGCGCCUCCAUUCGGGACACGGCCAACAAAGUCCUCGGACUGGCCAUGAAGAGCGAAUGGACGCCCAUCGAGGCCGAGCUGAAGAAGCUCGAGAAGUAUGUGGCCAAUGUGGGCGAGGACGGUAACCAUAUCCCGCUGGCCGGAGUGCACGACAUGAACACCGGCAUGACUCCAUUGAUGUACGCAACCAAGGACAACAAGACGGCCAUAAUGGAUCGCAUGAUUGAACUUGGUGCCGAUGUGGGUGCCCGAAACAACGAUAAUUAUAAUGUGCUACACAUUGCGGCAAUGUAUUCGCGUGAGGAUGUCGUCAAAUUGUUGCUAACAAAACGCGGUGUCGAUCCCUUCUCCACCGGUGGCUCGCGUUCACAAACUGCGGUGCAUUUGGUGUCGAGUCGGCAAACCGGAACUGCCACAAAUAUCCUGCGCGCUCUUCUUGCGGCUGCUGGCAAGGAUAUUCGCUUAAAGGCGGACGGCCGUGGCAAAAUCCCAUUGCUCCUGGCCGUCGAGUCGGGUAAUCAGUCCAUGUGCAGAGAACUCCUGGCGGCACAAACGGCGGACCAACUAAAGGCAACGACGGCCAAUGGAGACACGGCCUUGCAUUUGGCCGCCAGACGGCGGGACGUGGACAUGGUCCGCAUCCUGGUCGACUAUGGAACGAAUGUGGACACGCAGAACGGGGAGGGGCAGACGCCUCUCCACAUCGCCGCCGCCGAAGGUGAUGAGGCCCUCCUCAAGUACUUCUAUGGCGUGCGCGCCUCAGCGUCCAUUGCGGACAAUCAAGAUCGCACUCCGAUGCACUUGGCCGCCGAGAAUGGGCACGCGCACGUCAUCGAGAUACUGGCCGACAAGUUCAAGGCGAGCAUCUUCGAGCGCACCAAGGAUGGCAGCACUCUGAUGCACAUUGCGUCACUCAACGGUCAUGCUGAGUGCGCCACGAUGCUCUUCAAGAAGGGCGUGUACCUCCACAUGCCCAACAAGGACGGAGCCCGAAGUAUCCACACCGCCGCCGCCUAUGGCCACACGGGCAUCAUCAAUACGCUGCUGCAAAAGGGCGAGAAGGUGGACGUGACCACCAAUGACAACUAUACCGCACUUCACAUAGCCGUAGAGUCGGCCAAACCCGCCGUUGUGGAGACCCUGCUCGGAUUUGGAGCCGACGUCCAUGUCCGGGGCGGCAAGCUCCGCGAAACCCCUUUGCAUAUCGCAGCUAGGGUCAAGGAUGGCGACAGAUGCGCCCUCAUGCUGCUUAAGUCAGGGGCUAGCCCCAACCUGACCACCGACGACUGUCUCACCCCGGUCCAUGUGGCUGCCCGUCAUGGCAACCUGGCCACGCUGAUGCAGCUGCUCGAGGACGAAGGCGACCCUUUGUACAAGUCAAAUACCGGGGAAACCCCUCUGCACAUGGCCUGCCGGGCAUGCCACCCGGAGAUAGUCCGACAUCUGAUCGAUACCGUAAAGGAGAAGCAUGGCCCUGACAAGGCUACUACGUACAUCAACUCGGUGAACGACGACGGCGCCACGGCGUUGCACUACACCUGCCAAAUCACCAAGGAGGAGGUGCGCAUCCCAGAGUCCGACAAGCAGAUUGUGAGGAUGCUCCUCGAAAACGGAGCGGAUGUCACGCUGCAGACGAAGAAUGCGCUGGAGACGGCUUUCCACUACUGUGCCGUGGCCGGUAAUAAUGAUGUGCUGAUGGAGAUGAUCUCGCACAUGAAUCCCACGGACAUCCAGAAGGCUAUGAACCGUCAAUCAUCGGUGGGAUGGACACCGCUGCUGAUUGCCUGCCAUCGGGGGCACAUGGAGCUGGUGAACAACCUGCUGGCGAAUCACGCUCGAGUGGACGUCUUCGAUACGGAGGGCAGAUCGGCCCUGCACUUGGCCGCCGAGAGGGGGUACCUGCACGUGUGCGACGCCCUGCUGACCAACAAGGCCUUCAUUAAUUCCAAGUCCCGCGUGGGUCGGACGGCCCUCCACCUGGCGGCCAUGAACGGAUUUACGCACCUGGUGAAAUUCCUGAUCAAGGACCACAACGCCGUCAUCGACAUCCUGACGCUGCGAAAGCAAACGCCGCUCCACCUGGCAGCGGCCAGCGGGCAGAUGGAAGUCUGCCAGCUGCUCCUCGAGCUGGGAGCCAACAUUGAUGCGACCGACGACCUGGGCCAGAAGCCCAUCCACGUCGCCGCGCAGAACAACUACUCUGAAGUGGCCAAACUCUUCCUGCAACAGCACCCGUCGCUGGUGAACGCCACCAGCAAGGACGGCAAUACUUGUGCCCACAUCGCCGCCAUGCAGGGAUCCGUCAAGGUGAUCGAGGAGCUGAUGAAGUUCGAUCGGUCGGGCGUGAUUUCGGCGCGGAACAAGCUAACAGAUGCCACGCCCCUCCAGCUGGCCGCCGAAGGUGGUCACGCGGAUGUGGUGAAGGCCUUGGUCCGGGCCGGGGCAUCCUGUACGGAGGAGAACAAGGCAGGAUUUACGGCCGUCCAUUUGGCGGCCCAAAACGGACACGGACAGGUCCUGGACGUCCUGAAGAGCACCAACUCCCUAAGGAUCAACAGUAAGAAGUUGGGCUUGACGCCGCUCCACGUGGCAGCGUACUACGGACAAGCGGACACGGUCCGGGAACUGUUGACCAGUGUUCCGGCCACGGUCAAGUCGGAAACACCCACGGGACAGAGUCUGUUCGGGGAACUGGGCACGGAGUCGGGGAUGACACCACUGCAUUUGGCGGCAUUUUCCGGAAACGAGAACGUGGUGCGACUGCUCCUCAACUCGGCAGGUGUUCAAGUGGAUGCGGCGACCGUUGAGAACGGCUAUAAUCCACUCCAUUUGGCUUGCUUCGGCGGACACAUGUCAGUGGUCGGUUUGCUCCUGAGUCGGUCGGCGGAACUCCUCCAGUCGACGGAUCGUAACGGCAGGACGGGACUGCACAUCGCCGCCAUGCAUGGACACAUCCAGAUGGUGGAGAUUCUGCUCGGCCAGGGUGCGGAGAUCAAUGCAACCGAUCGUAACGGUUGGACGCCACUGCAUUGUGCUGCCAAAGCCGGCCACUUGGAGGUGGUGAAGUUGCUGUGCGAGGCGGGAGCCUCUCCCAAAUCGGAGACCAACUACGGAUGUGCCGCCAUUUGGUUCGCCGCUUCUGAAGGACACAACGAGGUGCUUCGCUACCUGAUGAACAAGGAGCACGAUACCUAUGGGCUGAUGGAGGACAAGCGCUUCGUCUACAACCUGAUGGUGGUGUCCAAGAACCACAACAACAAGCCCAUACAGGAGUUUGUCCUCGUCUCCCCGGCUCCGGUGGAUACAGCUGCCAAGCUAUCCAAUAUUUAUAUCACUCUUUCCACAAAGGAAAAAGAGCGUGCCAAGGAUCUGGUGGCUGCUGGCAAGCAGUGUGAGACAAUGGCCACGGAGCUGUUAGCCCUGGCAGCCGGCUCGGACUCCGCCGGAAAGAUUCUGCAAGCCACCGAUAAGCGGAACGUGGAGUUUCUCGACGUCCUGAUAGAAAACGAACAAAAAGAAGUGAUUGCCCAUACGGUGGUGCAGCGAUACCUGCAAGAACUCUGGCAUGGAAGUUUGACUUGGGCCUCUUGGAAAAUCCUCCUCCUGUUAGUGGCCUUCAUCGUCUGCCCACCGGUGUGGAUCGGCUUCACCUUCCCGAUGGGCCACAAGUUCAACAAGGUGCCCAUCAUUAAGUUCAUGUCGUACCUCACCUCGCACAUUUACCUCAUGAUCCACCUGAGCAUCGUGGGCAUAACGCCCAUCUACCCGGUGCUCCGGUUGAGUCUGGUGCCCUACUGGUACGAGAUCGGGCUCCUCAUCUGGCUGAGUGGCUUGCUGCUGUUCGAGCUGACGAAUCCGUCAGAUAAGUCGGGACUGGGAUCCAUCAAGGUGCUGGUCCUGCUGCUGGGAAUGGCCGGAGUGGGCGUCCAUGUGGCGGCCUUUGUGUUCGUCUCGAAGGAGUACUGGCCCACGUUGGUCUACUGCCGGAAUCAGUGCUUCGCCCUAGCCUUCCUGCUGGCCUGCGUCCAGAUCCUGGACUUUCUGUCCUUCCACCACCUCUUCGGACCCUGGGCCAUCAUCAUCGGGGAUCUGCUGAAGGAUUUGGCCAGGUUCUUGGCUGUGUUAGCCAUUUUCGUGUUUGGCUUUUCCAUGCACAUAGUGGCCCUGAAUCAGAGUUUUGCCAACUUUUCGCCGGAGGAUCUGCGCAGCUUCGAGAAGAAGAACCGAAAUCGAGGCUACUUCAGUGACGUGCGCAUGCAUCCGAUUAACUCGUUCGAGUUGCUGUUCUUCGCCGUGUUCGGACAAACGACGACCGAGCAGACCCAAGUUGACAAAAUCAAAAAUGUAGCCACGCCCACUCAACCGUAUUGGGUUGAGUACCUGUUCAAAAUUGUCUUUGGCAUUUACAUGUUGGUGUCGGUGGUUGUGCUAAUUAACCUGCUGAUUGCUAUGAUGUCAGACACCUAUCAACGCAUACAGGCCCAAUCCGACAUCGAGUGGAAAUUCGGCUUGUCCAAGCUUAUUCGCAAUAUGCAUCGCACCACAACAGCGCCCUCGCCGCUUAAUUUAGUUACCACCUGGUUUAUGUGGAUCGUCGAGAAGGUCAAGGCACGCAUGAAGAAAAAGAAGCGUCCAAGUCUGGUUCAGAUGAUGGGAAUACGUCAGGCCAGUCCCCGAACGAAAGCCGGCGCCAAAUGGCUGUCGAAGAUCAAGAAAGACUCGGUGGCCCUGUCUCAGGUUCAUCUCUCACCGCUGGGAUCGCAGGCCAGUUUCUCGCAGGCCAACCAGAAUCGGAUCGAGAACGUGGCCGACUGGGAGGCGAUCGCCAAGAAGUACCGGGCGUUGGUGGGCGACGAGGAGGGCGGCUCCCUCAAGGACUCGGAUGCGGAGAGCGGAUCGCAGGACGGCAGCGGGGCGCCACAGCCGCCGGCACAGGUCUAAGCUUCAGCCUCUCUCUUCCAACUAUCCUUUCUGACUAUCUCUAUCUCUUCUACUCGACUAUCCAAGAGCCUGUCCUUCUGUACUCCUAAGACCUAACUCUAGCUAACUCUAAGGAAUCCUACUUCUAAGCCGCACUUGGGGGAUCGUUUUCGCAGACUUCAGCUAAUCUAAAAGCUUCAGUUAAGCAAACACGAGUACCAAAUUAACCCAGACUUUUGGUUUACCUGGAGUACAAGAAAAUAAUCCUAAAGCCCUAGAGUUAAGCCCCUCACUAUCCUAAACUAACUUUAGCUAGAAUAUUGAAAUUGUUUUGAGUAACUUUUGAAGCGCAUCUGAGCCGAGCCUCGUUUAUUUUGAUAUGAUUUUGUGUUGGCGAUAUAUAUGAUGAACGAAACAACAAAACAAGUUUUCCAUAUUCGAAAUUUUAUAAAAUAAGUCAAUUGACGGGUCCUUUUUGGACACCGAAUACGUCCAUUUUGCCUUGAAACUUUAAAGCGAACUCCUUAAAUUUUGUACUAAGCCGAGAUUCCGACGACUACCGAUCAUAACUUUAUUUAUAAUUAUACUAGCUGUAAGUAUUUGACUUUGGCUUCACUCGGAGCUUGGGAAAACGGUUUUAUAAUAAUAUCUCAUGAUCUCAUUGUUUUUGGGUAAUUGUCAAGAAACUAAAUCCACUUUAUUUACUAAGCUUGAUUCAAUUUUUAUAAGAAAUGUAUGCCUAAAAAUUGUUAAUUGUAAAUAAAAA